AAUCCACCUCUAGCCUUCGCCGCGGUUUUGCGCUUCUCUAAUCCUCCUCCCCUGCUCUCCGCUACCAGUCCCACCACCACUACCCUCGCUUCCUCAAACCCUAGCCGAGGGGAGCGGAGCUCGCCGGCGAUGGACGGGGGCGGAGGAGGGGCGUUGGGUGCGGCGGCCGUGCAUCUCCACGCGAGCUACCCCGAGGACGUCUUCCGCGACUUCCGCGCGCGCCGCGCCGGCAUCGUCAAGGCGCUCACCACGGAUGUGGAGAAGUUCUACCAGCAGUGCGACCCCGAGAAAGAGAACUUGUGCCUUUAUGGGUUACCGAAUGAGACCUGGGAGGUCACUCUGCCAGCUGAAGAAGUACCUCCUGAACUUCCAGAACCAGCACUAGGGAUAAACUUUGCUCGUGAUGGAAUGGUCGAAAAAGAUUGGUUGUCUCUGGUUGCGGUUCAUAGUGAUGCAUGGCUACUGUCUGUUGCAUUCUACUUCGGAUCUCGCUUUGGAUUUGAUAAAGAUGCCAGGAGAAGGCUCUUCACCAUGAUUAAUAAUCUGCCCACUGUUUUUGAAGUUGUGACAGGGAUUGCUAAGAAGCAAUCAAAAGCCCCCAACGGCAGCAGUAAAAGCAACAAAUCCAGCUCUAAACCGUCGAAACAGAACAAUUCUAGCAGUAAGCCUGCCAAGCCAUCUCACCCAAAAGACGAGGAAGACAGUGGCCGGGAGGAUGCAGGGGUUGAGGACCAAGCAUACCUGUGUGGCUCUUGUGGGGAGAGCUACGCGAAUGGCGAGUUCUGGAUCUGCUGUGAUGUCUGUGAGAAGUGGUUCCACGGCAAGUGCGUCCGGAUCACCCCUGCAAAGGCGGAGCACAUCAAGCAGUACAAGUGCCCCAGCUGCAGCAGCAAGAGGAGCCGUGAAUGACCCCCUUGGAACUCUCCCUGCCUGUUGACGUAUUUAGAAUCGUUAGGAGUGGUGAAGCGGCGUAGGACUGCUUCACCUGUUUAGCGCACCGGUGCGCCAUUGUGCUAGUGUUUCAUCGUGUGUUGUUGUAAUGGACAUGGUAGCUAGUGGUGAUAUGUUGUAUUAGCAGGCUAACUGCUGUCAUCUUCGUGUGAGAUGAACUGCUAGACGGUUGGAAACUCUCGUGUUCAGUAAUUAAGUGAUGGGUUAGUAUGUA